GACGGAUCGGGGCGGUCCUGCGGGCGGCCGGCGCGGUGCCCAGAACAUCAGUUUCUGAGAGGAAAAGCUGAGAGAGUUAACAACACAAACUGAUGGACCAUUACAUCUUCCAAAAUGAGCCUGUUGAAAAUUUUCUACUGGAAACUAACGUGUCUUGAAGUGAGAAGAAUUCAGUGCUGGACUGUCCUAAACAUUAUUCAUGGUGCAACUUCAGAGAACAGCUCGACUUACCUGACUUGAAGAGGCACAUGUGCAGUAAGCCAAGAGGACAUGGGCUUUCAGUGCAUCUGGAAAAAUGAUCAGGUACUGGGUCCACGUGUCACAUCUGAAUUGUGCUGUACUAAUUCUCUUAAGUACCAACUCAGCCCAUCUCCUUGAUGCACACUCACGGCAUCAUGGCCAGCACCCAGGAGCGCCUGAGCUUGUCUUCCUCUCCAAACUCAAUUGGCAAAGCUUUCUGUGAAGAUAAAGACUUUAGCAGGUUACACGAUGAACAUGCACCUACUGCAAACCACCCGUCCCCCGAGCUCAUCGAGGACGUGCGUGAGAAGGGCUUGCUGCAGGCAGACCUCAUCGACAACAUGAGCAGCCCGGUGACUGCGGCAGUGCUGACCAGCAUCAGCGAGGACUCCAGGGACCAGUUUGAGAACAGCGUGCUGCAGCUGCGAGAGCAGGACGAGUCUGAAACAGCCAUUCCUCAGGGCAAGAACACUGUGGAUGGAGAAAGCAACAGCGGGGCGGAUGAUGUUAAAGUGCAGUUCAACAGAUCAGGCAGUGGGAGCGGUGGCUUUCUGGAGGGACUUUUUGGUUGUCUCAGGCCCGUGUGGAACAUCAUAGGCAAGGCUUACUCGACUGACUACAAACUGCAACAGCAAGACACCUGGGAGGUGCCAUUUGAGGAGAUCUCAGAGCUGCAGUGGCUGGGCAGCGGUGCACAAGGAGCUGUCUUCCUGGGCAAAUUCAGGGCGGAGGAGGUGGCCAUCAAGAAAGUGAGAGAUCAGAAUGAAACAGACAUCAAGCACCUGAGGAAACUCAAACACCCCAACAUCAUUGCAUUCAAAGGAGUUUGCACUCAAGCCCCGUGCUACUGUAUUAUCAUGGAGUACUGUGCACAUGGGCAGCUCUACGAAGUCCUGAGAGCAGGGCGGAAAGUCACCCCGCGGCUGCUCGUGGAUUGGUCCACGGGGAUUGCAAGUGGGAUGAAUUAUCUGCACCUUCACAAAAUCAUCCAUCGAGACCUCAAGUCACCAAAUGUUUUAGUUACACACACAGAUGCAGUAAAAAUUUCAGAUUUUGGUACAUCUAAAGAACUGAGUGAUAAAAGUACCAAAAUGUCCUUUGCUGGAACUGUGGCUUGGAUGGCCCCUGAGGUGAUACGCAAUGAGCCCGUCUCUGAGAAGGUGGAUAUCUGGUCCUUUGGAGUGGUUUUGUGGGAGCUGCUUACAGGAGAGAUUCCCUACAAGGACGUGGACUCUUCAGCCAUCAUUUGGGGAGUGGGCAGUAACAGCCUGCACCUUCCUGUCCCUUCCACCUGCCCAGAUGGCUUCAAAAUCCUCAUGAAGCAGACCUGGCAGAGCAAGCCACGGAACCGACCCUCCUUCCGGCAGACACUGAUGCACCUGGACAUCGCAUCUGCUGACGUGCUGGCUACUCCUCAGGAAACCUACUUCAAAUCACAGGCUGAAUGGAGAGAAGAAGUGAAGAAACAUUUUGAGAAGAUUAAAAGUGAAGGGACGUGUAUCCACCGGCUGGAUGAAGAGCUGAUUCGUCGUAGAAGAGAAGAGCUGAGGAGCUGAACUAAAAAUUGAAAAUGAAAAAGAAACCCCAAAACUUCAGCAGACAAGCAUAAGCUAGCUGCAAAAUGGAAAUUAAUGCCAAAAUUUACUGCAAGCAUGUGUGGUUCUGAUGCAAACAGCCCU